UGAGUACAGGUGAGCGGCAUGACUAAACCAGGACACACCAAACAGGAAGGAGCACUAAAUCCUGGAAUUUUAUCUGUCGCUGUGAAACUGUGAUCGCUGCAGACUUUGUCACCUGCAGCCCAUUAUAUUUAUCUCUACAGGGUGAUCCUGGAGGGAAAAUGGACAUGGAGAUGCAUUAGAUGAAGUGUCGUGACCUUUUUCCCCCCAACCUUUCCUUUUAUCAACAGCUUAAGCUUAGUUCACCAAACUAAAACAGAUUGUCCUAAAAACUGGCUGAACAAUCAGAACACAGACAUCAAGUCUUUCUUAGCAUAACAAAUUCUGAAUGGAGGAGCUGCUGACUGCAGAGUUACUGAAUUCAUGACGAAUCCUUAGUUCUAGUAUGCUGAUGCCUUUCAGUAUUAAUCAAAACUAUCAUAAGAAUUAUAAGAACUACAAGAACUUUCCCUCUCAAUUGUGGUUUUGUGAAUAAACAAGAGACAGAAUCUUAUUAUCCUGCCUUCAGAGGCUGUAUCUGGCUUCAAUGUAUAAGAAAUAACACAGUACACUUGAAUUUAGGAACUCUAGCUGAAUGCAUUGGAGCUCUGAAUACAAACCAAGAAUGACCUUUCCAGAGUGAAAUGUUAUUCCUCACAUGCACCUAACAGCAGGAAGCCGCCAUAUACACAGUUCCCCUUCACGUCACUGUAGAGUUAUGAUCUCCAAGAUAAAGGGCAGAUCCUUUUCUCUGGGAGAAAAAUAAUCUGUGGGCUGGAGAUUGGGAAGCAGACAAAAAGCAUGUUUUGGUGACCAAAAUAGCAGAGGAGGAAGACUGACGUCUGGGGAAAAAAAAGGAGUAUUAGAGAGAUGCAAAUUGAGAAGACUGGACUGUUUCUCAUCCCUUUUUGCCAGAUUUUUAACAGAGCACAAAAAACUAGUCCAUGGGAACACAUCCAAGGCACAUUGGAGUUGACCCUCCUGGGACGUCCUGUUAGAUAAAGAAUAAUACUUCAUGAAGACCAAAAUAAGAAUGCACUUCUUCUGUCAAAGUUCAGCUGACUACAGAACAACAUUUGGAGGGAUUAUUGCUAAAAGGGGAGCCAUGACCGGCAGCAUCCUGGAACGCUGAGCUACUCCUUUCCUCGUCAUUUUUUGUUUUUUCUUGUAUUUCCAAACAUAAUCACUCCCUACCAGUGAGGAACAAAACUUCCAUCCUCCAACGGGACCAGCGGUUUCAUCUUAUCAGGAGAGAAGAUUGAGUUGACUGGAACGAAACAGUCACAUUUCCCCCUGCUGUGGGCUUUUGUUUCUGCUGCAGCAGAAUUGAACCGUGGGCAGUGAUGGAGAUGCAGAAGGGACAUACGUCUCUCAGGAGAGGGGUGAGCUGGAGUCCAGGAGGGUUGAGAAAACCUCUCCAGGCAACAAAAGACCUGUACACUCCUGGGACAGAGUGCACUGCAUCAUGGGAGAAGACGGGAUUCAACAAAGACCAGAUGAGCCGGAAAACAAAUCUGACACGGAGCGCCAGUUUAUCAGAGAAGGAGCUCAAAGAGGCUCGAGUUCGGAGUCAGAUCAUUGCAGCUCAGCUCACCAUCCCUUCCAACUCCAGCUCCAGAGGCGUGCAGCUCUUCAACCGCCGCAAGCAGAGAGUCAAUGCCUUCACGCUUGAAAGCUGUGGAGAGGGGUCAGAGGAGGACAGAGCGGAGAAUGUGAAAACCGACCCCUCGUCUAACAAACUAACAUGGGCAGAGAGGAGCAGUGAGGAAAAAGAUAGAGAUCUCAACCUAAAGAAUAGUACUACCAAGCCACUCUUCUCACCACCUGUAAGGGUACCUACAGUAGGUGAUAUCAUGGAGGAGCCAGGUAAAGACUUCCAAAAAGAAGAGGACAUGGAGGGCAGUGUUAUCCAGGAGAGACACUUCCUCCCUGUCAAGGAAGAGCAGGAGGAGGAGGAAGAAGCAAGAGAUAAAAUCCACGAGGACAAAGUUAAGGAUGAGAUUCCCCUUGGAAGUAAUAAUACUGAUCCAGUCAUGAUGGAACAUGUCAAGGGGGAAGCAGAGAUAAAUGGGGGACACACAGGGACAGCCCCCCGUGGAAUGCUUCUUAAUGGCUGCCACAAUGCCUCUGGACCUGAGAGGGUGUCUGUGUCCACAUCCAAGCAGACAAGCGCCAUCCUCAACAGAACUGCCAGGCCCUUUUUCUCCCCAGUGACAGUACAGUCUCCAGAGGCAGUCAGCCCUGUCAUGGACAUCCCUCCUCCUCCUUCUUACACCACUCCUCCUCUGCCUGCUUUCACUGCUGCCCAACCUGUGGUGUUCUCACCUCCACCUCCGCCUCCAUCAUAUCCCACACCUCCUCUACCGGCCUUCACAAACCAACCCCCGCAGGCCUACUACUCCAGUCCACCUCCGAUGUCUCCUGUGAUGUUACCUUCUUCCCCUCCACCAUCCCAGCUCCCUGUUUCGUCUAUAUCUCACUACCCACCCAUGCCUCAUUAUGGCCCUCCCACAGCCCCAAAGCCCUCCACUUCUGUUCCUCAGCCCUCUGGAGAGAGGAAGCUAAUAGCACCAAGCAAAACAGGAGUACUUGAAGAGGUGGCUGCCAGGAGGGCAAGUAAGAAGUCAAUGUUCACAUUCAAAGAGAAGCCAGUGGUAGCUCCAAACCCUGAGCUACUCUCUCUGGUGCAAGGGGUGGAUGAAAGGAAGAAACAUGGACAAAGAUCUGUGCCUGAGCCAACAUCUGAGGAAGAGUUACUGGCUCUGGGUGCAGAGGCCUCCAACUUCCUCGCAAAGGAAGAGGAUAGGGAAGAGGAGGCUAGAACUCCAGAGUGGGCCUCCUGCCUUAAGAGCUCCAGGACCCGACCAAGGGCAGAGCACAGGCCUGAACAGAUCCUUACCAAUGUUUCAGGAAAGGGGGCUGAGCUGUUUGCCAAGCGUCAAUCCAGGAUGGAGAAAUAUGUCAUUGAGAAUCAGAAUGCAGGACAAAUGAGGUCUCCUUCUCCCACAAUGUCUCUGCCACCAUCUUGGGUUUACCCAUCAAACAUGCCCGGCAGGGUCAAGGCCAUUGCUAAAAACUCUGACAUGAGUGCUCAGCUUUCACAAAACCUGAAGGCCCAACAAGCUGUCCAGCAAAAACCGAGGCAAAAAGCUCCAGCGCCACAGCCAGUUCUGGAGCCACCUCCUUUAGAGAAUGGAUGCUCCAAGAUAGAGAUGGACCUAUCAAGACAUCGGCCCUACCAGCUUAGCUCGUCCCUCUUCACCUUUAACCCAGUCAAGGACCCCAUUAGUAUGCUACCCAGAGGAGCACCACAGGCCAAGAACCUUGUCUCCACCCAAACCUUCCCCAGACAGACUUCCUUACCUAACAACCCUCCCUCUCACUUGAGUACCCAGUGCAUGUCUCCUCAGCUGCCUCUCAGCCCCACAGGAGGAGCAGCAUAUCUGUCAAAUCCAGCCUCUGGGCAGCCAAGGAUCAGUUCUCCUAUGCCUGCCUUUUCUCCAGAGCGAGUGUCCUCUCCCCGGUCGGGGGUCCAGGCACCAAGGCCCACAUUUUCUGCAAAGAAGGCAGGGAUUUCACCACAGACACCAAAGGACUCCCCCACAGUCGAAACCCAUUGUCAGACUCCCCCACCAACCAGGACGCCCAGUCUCAUCGGACGUUUCAGCAGUCCAGAGGGUCCCACCACAGGAACCUGGACUCCUAGCCUCCAAACCAAUCGCCCCUCCACCACCAGCUCCUACUCCAACCGCUCAGUCACUUCCCCUGUCUCGUCUCCCAGGGGUACAAGAUGCCAAUCCCCUAUGAUCAGUCAGAAUAUCCAAUUUUCCAGUACCUCCACUACAGCAUCCAGACCCUCCCAAACAUCUACAGUCACCUCUCCACGCUCUCCUCCCUGGGGUUCAAGAUGCCGGUCCCCGAUGGUGAGCCAAAAUACUCAGUCUUCCACCAUUUCCUCUGUUCCUACACCUAGAGCCUCCCAAACUUCUACAACUGCUACUCCUCCUUGGGGAUCAAGAUGCCAAUCCCCAAUUGUAAGCCAGAAUACUUCCACUGUUGUCUCCAUUUCCCCAUCCAGACCCUCCCAAACAUUUACAGCCACAUCUCCUGUCUCUCCUCCUUGGGGUUCACGUUCGCAGUCUCCUGCACUCUCGCAGGCCAGUUUAUCAUUCCUCGCCACUAAACCUCUGUACACAUCCUCUGCCACCUCUCCUAUUCCCCCAACCAAAGACAGUCGCUGCAUGUCCCCCAUUGCUAAUAACUUAGACUCUAAGGCUAACCAUCGCCUCCUGGCAAAGAACAUCAUCAAUGCAGCCAAACGCAAAAACAGCCCCUCCCCUGGUGCACUGAGCGGUCACAGCCUCCCCAUCUCACCUCUGGGAAAUUCCCACCAUGGCUACGACUGUCAAAAACCACCCAUCAGCCCCUUCCAGUCGCGGGCAUUGGGGGCCCAGUCCCCUACCUUCACCAGCCCUCCUCCUACCCCAACACAGAGGAUCUGCUCCCCUGUGAGGCUUUACAACACUCGCUCCCUCACCGACUCUGAUGCCUCUGUUGAGUCUGAAGACUCAGGCCUCCGGUCGCCUGGCCUGCACUCCUACAACACCUGCCCCCGCGGCUGGGGCGGCAGCCUGAGGGUGAAGAGAGGCACCGUCUCCACUGACCUGUGAGGCUGUUACUGGAUGUCAAUUAAAGCAUAAUUUCAGUUUUCAUAGACUUUUGUGCCAAUGGAUCAACCAGUAAAAGAUUUUCUGAUAAAGUUUCAUCAGACUAAUGUUACACAAGUUACCUUUCUGCAACUUUGAUCACUGAUCCUGGACAAUGGUAAAGUUGUAUCAAGGUAGUAUUAGAAUUUUAUGUCUCCCAUUCAUAGUACGGACUGACAAGAACAAGCUUUUUACAUAAAGCAGUUGCUAUGGCUUGUACGCUUAUUACAUACCAAAAGUGCUCAGACUCAAAAUAACCCAAGAUAUUUGAAUUCACUCUGAAUGAAUAUUAUACUCUUUACAUCUUCACAACAAACAUACCUUCACAGUCACUAUUACAGUUAAAUAGUGUUAAAGUAAAUGGGUAUCAGUUUUGAAUGUUAUUAAUGAAUUAUCAUUAUAUUUGCUGGUCUUACACAAGGAAACAUGGGAAGAGUUUUAAGGCAUAGAAAGGGCACACAAAGUGAAAAUUGUGUAAACAUAUCUUGUUGGACUAUACAGUAUUUUGGUUGAGGCACUUUCCUUGCUCUAUAUUAAUACAAGAUCAAAUUUAACUAUACAGUGAAUUCAUAAUGAAUACUGAUCAAGACAAUACUAGGUUAAAUGAGUUUCCAUUAUUUUUCCAUGACAAAAACACAGUGGUAGAUAGGACACAUGGUAUCCACAUUAUCAUACAUGGUCAAAGUAUUCACCACAGUUUAUUAUCCAUUUUAAUCAAUGGAAAAUAAAUAAUAUGCAUAAUUAUCACAGUGCAAUAAUCAGUUUAACACAAUGUAUACAGUAUAAGUUGCUUUAUGUACUGCAUUUGCUAAAAUGAAUGUAAGGUUUACAGACAGACUGACAAAGAAUGAAAGAGAAAAGGCAGUUGUUGUGUAUGAAGGGUUAUGUAAGGGUGAGAUGGGCAUUGAUGCACCUGUUCAAUCAAACACCGUUUCCAUGUUUUUUUUUUUUGCAAAUGUUUAAACAUUGUUGUUGAACAAUUGAAUGAACAAAUGUUACCUGAAGACUUUUGCAAAAUUAAUGGCAUAUUGACUGUAAUAAUCAUUUUGGAGACUGACGUAUGUAAGCCUAAUGUUGUUGCUUUUGCUGAUCACAAACAGUCGCUCCUUUUCAAAUCGAUAAUGUCUUUCAUGAGGAACAGAUUAACCUUGUUUGUGCUUGUACGUAGUGUACAAAAUGCCUGUUUUGGUAAAGUUUAGAAGAAAAAUUGUAUGUUACACAAGUAGAGAAGGUACAACAAGAUGUUAUUGUUAAACUUUCCUGGGAAAAAAGGUUAGAAGAAUGUUGUUUGUUAUGAAAUAUUGGUCUAAGUGUUUUUGAGAAAAGGAUCAGAGGAAAGAUAUGUAUUUUAAAUACAUAUGGAACUAAUGUACAUUAUCUUUAACUUCUGAAGUUUCUUUUUAUACUUGAUUUGCACUUCUGUUCAUUCCACUUCAGCAGCUAAGUUCGCAUUGUUUAAAAUUUGAUUUGCUCAAACAGGUGUCAUUCACAAUAAAACUAGCAAAUAAAUAUCCUACAGUAAAAAUUAGCUGCACAAUGCAGCGUGUUGAUAGGAUGGUGGCAAUUAGCUGUAAACCUGACUGCUGUCUUCAAACCAGAGCUAACUUUCUGUUUCAAGUGUGGGAUAACUGAAAGCCAUUUUACAAUAUUCCCAUCUUGACCAGUCUUGCACCAGCACACACAACACUCCUUCAUUCCCUGACAUGCAGGCCAGAAGCAUCAGCACAUUUCUAAGUAUUUACUUCAGUAUGUCUUUGGAGUGACAGGGACACCUGCUACAUUUUGACCUGGCUCCUUCAGCAGGACUAAGCCUAUCACUGUCAUGGAUUGGUUUCAGCCUGGUACACCUCUGGACAUAGCAGACACUGCCAGCAUCCAAACACAGAAGAAUCAUUUUAUAAAGAUUUUUUUUUUUUUGGUUCUGUGACUGCAUUCCUGCAUUUUAUCAUUACAGCUCAUGUUGUAUUUCAUAACUGUAUAAUUUCGGAAAAUGAAUGCACAAUAAAAAGUGAUGACACACCAAUUUAAAUAAUUUAAAGUUUGUCAAUUGUUUUAUUAUCUUAAUUCUGACCAUCUAGUUAGUAUAUUUUAAUGUUGUUUAAUAGUUGGAAUGAGUUGUUAUGAAUACCAUUUUUAAGUCAUGCUAAAAAAAAUUUAAAACAUAUGCUUACAAGUUGUUUAUUGCCCCCAAGUAAUGACAUAUGUAUAGGCUCAACCACAGCAUUUGCAGACUUGUUUCUUUCAAUUUUACUGUCUAGUGUUGAGCUUUAUUAUCAGUGCAACAUGCUACAUAUUUGUGGUGAUAGUUACUAGACUGCAAUGUCCCACACAGUAACUCGUC